AGGGCACCUGGCACACCGGGCAGCCGACAGCCGACAGAGAUCAGCGGGCUUUGGCUUUGGUUUUGGUUUUGUGCAUUUGCAUUCAUUAUGUUUGGCACCGUCGACGCGGCCACAACGCCACCGCAUAACCACCGCAGUUCGAACACAUCAAUUGAUAGUCAAAGAUUCUUUUUAGCUCGUCAUUGAAUUGCGGUAUCAGUUCUCGUGUAUUAAUGUGUGUGUGUGUUGCAAUUAUUUUGGCGCUUUUGAAAAAUGUUUGAAAUGUGGAUUUGUACCGAGUUGCUAACACUUGUUUGCUGAGAACUACACAUCUGUCAACUCGACAAGUGUCUCACGUUGACCUUUCGCUUGAAAUUCCUUUGAAAUUGAUCGCAGUUAAAUCCACAUAUACAUAUACAAUUAUUUACAUACAUAAUGUCGCCAUAUAUCUUAAAAUUAGUUGUGCUGCUUUGCCUGAGCUACGCUGCAUUCGCCGAUGAGCCGCUGAUGACAAAUCCGGAACGCCACCACAAGAAACGCCAAAUCUAUCGCGAGCAAGUGCUGCCACAUGCGGGUGGCAAGAUACCAGACACUGCCUUCGAGACCGAUCGCCUCUAUCUCAAUCGUCUGCAAAAGGAGGGCAUCUCCAUACCCGAUGGCAUUGUGCCCCAGCAACGGAGUCCACAGGUCUAUCAGUAUUAUGAUAAGAGCAUGCGCACCGUUUAUCACAUUGCCCUGAGCUCAGAUGGACGUUAUACGCCACGAGAAGGUCGCUACCAUUACAGACAAGUGCCCACCGUGGAGACCACUUAUCUGUAUCCACAGGCCGUGGGUCGUCCGUAUGUGUUGGUGGCACCAAAGCAUGCAUUGCCCACCUAUCGCCAGUUGCAGCUGCACAAUCCGUUGCUCAAUCAGGUGAAAUUGCAGCCCAAGAAAGUGCCCAAUUUUCUGGAACUAGCGCCCACGGUGGGCAAGAGUCAUGCCGUUAGCAGUGCAUCCAAGGCGCAGUCCUAUCAAAACGUGAAUCUUCUGCAUGGUCCAGCGCUGCCCGCGUUCAAGAAAACCUCCGGAGGCAGCAAGACCUAUGUGGAUAGUUAUGGCAAGACUCAUCUCUACAGCGAAUUUGAUGAUUUGCUUAGCAAACUUCACUUGAAUCCCGCAAUGCAAAAAGUUCCGGGUAUCUCAGAGUCGAGCAACGUCGACUAUCCAAUUCUUACUUGUAACUUUAAGCACUACAUACAAUGGCAACGGCGUCUGCGUCUCAAGUGGAUGGCGCGCUUGGAAAAAACUGCACUUCAGUUUCAGUGCGAUUUUUCGACCGAACGCAGACGGUUGAUCCAACUCCAAAUCAAAUCAAAUAAAUUGAGAGAAAAAAAAAGAGCAAAUACAACCCAAAAAACGUUAAAGAUGUCGAUGCUGAACAACAACAGCUCUGCGCUGCUGAGGAUGCUGACAACGUUGUUGUUGCUGCUUGGCGUUGCGUUGGCCAUUGAAGUGCAGAAAUUUGGACACCUGUAUAAUCCACCGCAAUCGGAGCAUCAUGCACCACGCCACGAGGACAAACAGGAUUUGAAUAAAAUACCCGGUGUGGCCGGAGUCGAUUAUCCGAUCUAUCACGAAGUGCCGCACACGCAAUUCAGUUGCCACAACGUGCCCGCUGUGCCGGGCAUGUAUGCCAAUGUAGAGACUGGCUGUCAGGCCUAUCAUGUCUGUCACGAUGGACGCGAGGGUCACCAGGGUGCUUCGUUCUUGUGCACCAACGGCACAAUAUUCAAUCAGAAGGAAUUCGCCUGCGACUGGUGGUACAAUGUGAAGUGCGAGGAAGCCACCAGCCUCUAUCAUUUGAAUGCCGACCCGGAACACAAUCCUUAUAUUCCCAAGAAGAAGCCUGAACUUGAACUUGAGCAUGCCGUGCACGAUGUGCAUAAUGGCGCUGGAUUUCUAAUACACGCAUAAUUUUCACUUCACCUUUCACUUGCACUAUUUAAAUUCAUUUCAAAAUUUUUCACUUCGCAAUAAAAUUUGGUUUACGUUGCUUCUUUUUCGUUUUUUUUU